AGAGCGGCCGCAACUGGAGUAAAGGCAAAGAUGAGCGCUCGAGAGUGGCGCCGGGAAAGAGUUGAUCUACAGGCAGUAUUUUAGACCAGGAUUAACGGGAGGAAUCAUCUUUUGUCAGCUUUUCGAUCAAGUCAUGCAAAGACUCAGUACACUGUCUGAAUGCCCUUCGCUCUGGCGCUCAAUCCCCUGUCCUCGCUCCGAGCUGAGGCUGGAUAUUGUGCUCUCCUGUGGUCAGUCCUUCCGAUGGCGGGAGAAGAGCCCUGGACAUUGGACAGGAGUCUUGGCCAGUCGUGUGUGGAUAUUGACACAGACCCCGACUCACAUCUGGUACCAGACUUACUACAAGGAGACAGAUAGUGCUCUGCAGGAACCAACGGGGCACAGAAAGAGGAAAGGCCUGCUGACAAGUCAGGUCAGUGUUAAGAUGAGAAAGGAAAACACUUUGAAAAGAAAACGAAGAAGAGAAGAUGGGAAUGCUCAACAUGCUGCGAAGAUGUUUGCUGAAGAGAAGGUGGAACCAGUGGAGUGCACACAGCAGAUCACUGACACCACGCACGGAACAUCGAGGCAGGAGUCAGCAACUGCCGGUCAGGAGGAGGACAAGAUUUUGCGCGACUAUUUUCAGCUGCAUGUGCGGCUGAGCGACCUGUACUCCCUGUGGAUGCAAGCUGACAAGCACUUUGCACAGGUGGCUCAGGACUUCCCAGGUGUCCGCAUUCUGCGACAAGAUCCUACAGAAUGCCUCUUCUCUUUCAUCUGUAGCUCCAACAACCACAUCUCGCGCAUCGCCGGGAUGGUUGAGCGUCUGUGCCACGCCUACGGGGAAAGGCUGUGCCAGCUGGACUCCUGCACCUACCACGCAUUCCCCACACUGCAGGUGCUGGCUGGAAAUAAUGUGGAAAAAGAGUUACGAAAACUAGGAUUUGGAUACCGAGCAAAGUUCAUCAGCCAGACCGCCAAGAUGAUACUGGAAAAACAUGGCCCUGAUUGGCUGAAUUCCCUGCGGGAGACAUCAUAUGAGGAAGCAAAGCGUGCCCUGUGCACUUUACCUGGUGUGGGGGCAAAGGUGGCUGACUGCAUUUGUUUGAUGUCUCUGGAUAAGCCAGGUGUUAUUCCAGUGGACACACAUGUCUGGCAGAUCACAAAGCGCGAUUACCUCUCCCACUUGGGGGCAGGUAAGAAGAGUCUCACUGACAAGGUGUAUAGAGAAAUUGGUGACUUUUAUCGCAGCCUUUGGGGUCCUUUUGCUGGCUGGGCACACUCUGUUCUCUUUUCAGCAGACUUAAAGAAGUUCCAAGUAUACAAGUCCAAGCAAGAGCGGCAACAGGAUAAUAACACCAGCAGUUGACAGCAGAACUUACUGGAGAAUAACACUUUAUAGUCUACACUGAUCAUAUUCUUGUAACUGGGUCUGUGGAACCAUUGUCAACAUUUCUUGGUUUCUCAUACUCUGUCACCUCAGUCGGAGAUUUAUGAAGUAGUGCACUACCUGCGGUGUUAUCCUUUAGGCUAGAAACAACUGAGGCUGAUGGAUAUAUGAGGUACCUUACGGAAGGAGAUGGCAGGUAAGAUCCAUGUCCUGGCCAAUAUUUAUCCCUCGCUCACCAACACUAUAACAGGUUAUCUGGAUCACAUCAAAUUACUGUUUGUGGGAGCUUGGUCUGUCUCUAACUUGUUUACUGUAGUGAGCACAAUUUAGAAAUACUUCACCUACUCUAAAAUACUUUAACAACAGGAAUUCUGCAGAUGCUGGAAAUUCAAGCAACAUACAUCAAAGUUGCUGGUGAACGCAGCAGGCCAGGCA